GAGCACUACCCAUAGGUUCCGCCCACUUGCUAAUUACUACUUACAAGGGUCACGACGUCAACACCACGUAGCCAAUUUGAAGUUGCCUUUUGUCCUCGCGCCAGCACCAGUAGAUAAAAAUGCUUGUCCUAAGAUCAUUAAUACGCCCGGUCGUUUUCCGUGCAGUCCACCUGCAUUCUAUGGCUGCACCCAGAUAUAAUAGCACACUCGCUGAGGAUGUUCGCUCGGAUUCAACUUUCAGGAUACCCCUCAUUGACUUCGCAGCCUAUAAACAAGCUACCUCUUUAGCUGAGAAGCGUUGUAUCGCGGAUGACAUUGUAAAUGGAUUCAAGGAGGUUGGUUUCGUGUAUUUGACAGGCCAUGUGAUUGCACCCGACACGGUCGACCGCGUAUUCCAGAAGAGCGCAGAAUUCUUCCAAUUGCCUGAAGAGACGAAGGCAAGGCUGGCAUGGGACGACCCUAAGGCUAACCGUGGUUUUGUCCAAGUCGGACGUGAGCGUGUUACUACUUCAGUUGAUGCAGCCGAGAUUGCUGCACAACGCGCAAAGGCUCCAGACACCAAGGAAUCCAUGGAAAUCGGGCGCGAAAAUCACCCUACGUUCAGAAACAAGUGGCCUCAGGAAAGCGAAGCACCUGAGUUUAAGCAGACGAUGCUCCACUUCUUCCAGACUUGCCACGAACUGCACACUAUGGUCAUGAGAUCGAUUGCCUUAGGUCUCGACCUUCCCGAGGAUUUCUUUGACAAGAAGAUUGAUCAUCAGGACCAUAACUUACGCCUUCUGUCCUAUCCUCCUAUUCGAACCUCUUUACUUUUAGGUGACGGUCAAGCCAGAGCUGGUGCUCACACAGAUUACGGAACCUUGACGCUCUUGUUCCAGGACUCGAUCGGUGGUUUAGAGGUCCAGAACCCCCACACGAAGCACUAUCAACCUGCUUCACCCAUACCCGGAACCAUCGUCGUAAACGCUGGUGACCUUUUGGCGCGCUGGAGCAACAAUUUCUUCCGCUCAACUCUUCAUCGUGUAGUUGCCCCGCCUGCAAUAAAGAUCAACGCUACCGAAGGCACGACGCCCGCACGACAGUCUGUUGCGUUCUUCUGCAACCCGAAUUUCGACGCCACCAUCGAGUGUUUGCCUACUUGCACAAGUGUAUCGAAUCCAAGCAAAUUCCCCCCACUUACUACGGAGCAAUACAUCGUAGGACGUUUGGCGGCUACUUACUCAUGAGUUAAGGCUGGAUACGAGAUCAUUCUUAUUUGAACAUUGUUUAUAUACCAUUUGUGCAACGACAAUACGUAUGCAGGGUGGUGUCUAGGAUGUAUGCAA